AUGGAUUGUAUUCGUUUCUGGACUAUCAUUUUUGCGUGUGGAUUCAUCCUAUUUGUAAUGGACUAUCAUUUAAUCGUAGUUGUCCUUGUUCCUUAUACUCAAAUACUAGAUUGAAUUUUACAGAUAUCCCGUUAAGAAUCAAACCAAUUCAGAGACUACUGCAAUUGUAUCGGCUUGUGUGUACUUGGCUCUGACCAUCGGGUUCAUAAUUUGGGGGAGGAGAAGGGCUGAGAAGCAUAAAUUAGAGAUUCUACAGUAAUAUAGCAAUUUGCCAGCCAAUCAAUUUGAGGCAGCUCCUGAGAUCGAGAAUGAGAAGAAGAUGGAAUCAUGAGAAUAACUCAUGUAAU